CUUCGUCAUCUGUCGCGACGAGCAACAACAUGUCUCAAGACCUCUCGUUCAAAGCACUCAACCUGCUUAGCCGUGAGCGUGCGGUCUACGGCCUGCGCAACGGCGACUAUGAGCGGUAUCGCCACCACUGCGCCAACAAGCUCCAUCGCCUGCGUCAGGUGACGGGGCUCACGAACGGCAAGGGCAAGCAGUUCAAGAAGGCUCCCGCGGUUACGGCUGAGACGGCGACCGAUGUCCGCCACCUCCACCUCGUCCUCUUCUCCGCCGAGCGCGCUCUCGCGUACUCGCACGAGCUCAAGGCUUUGGCGGGCAAGCCCAACGCUCCCCCCUCGACGCGCCGCGAGCAGAUCUCGUGGCUGCGUCGUGCGCACAAGCUCGCGUCAUCGUUGCACGAGAUUGCGCGCACCCUCGCGACCUCCGACCGCAUGAACCAGCGCACCCUCGCCGAGCUCACGAUCUACCACCUGAGCGUGCGUGUCGAGCUGUCGUUUGAGCGCGGCGCAUACGCCGAGGUCCUUGCUGAGCUGGCCGCCCGCCGGCGCCUGCUUGAUACCCUCGCUGGCGCUGCCCGCGACUCGUACGACCAGGCGCUUGCGACCGAGUUCAUCGACGCUUACGACCCGCUGAUCCGCUUCAGCGCGUACAAGCUUGGCCGUGCCGAGUCGCACGACAUUGACGGUGUCGUUGCCGACAUCGACGCGGACAUGAUGGAGGAGGCGUCGCCGGGCCUCGGCAAGCUUGUCGAGUCGCUGCGCGCCGAGACGGGCGCGGCGGAGCUGGAGGCUGGCCGCCGUACGCUCGAGGAUGUCGAGUUCGCGGGUGACAAGGUCGAGUUCCGCAAUGCCGAGCUCGUCGCCGCCAUGAUCAAGGUCCAGGAGGCGCUCGGCCGUAUCAACAAGAGCGCCGGAAAGGCGACGGGUCGUGGGGGCAUGAAGGGUUGGGACCGUGUUCUCGGUGUUCUCGGCGAGGCUGAAGGCACCGCCCGCCACCUCCUUGACGACCAUGAGGCGACGGCGAACAGCACGCUGCGCUCUACGCGCACCACUGAGAGCUUGUCGCUGGCCCACCAGUACAUCGUGUUCCUGCUGUUGAGCCACCGUAUCCGCCGCGACCUGCUGCUUGUUGACACGCUCGCGUCUGGACCGAGCAGCUUGCCGGCCGACCCGACGGUCUUCAAGGUGCCCGGCGGGCGUGUCAAGCUCGAGGAGGCUGUCAAGGGUCUUGCGGCAGUCAUUAAGCUGUACGACACAGUGCUGCAGUCGCUCUCGCAGGCGCGUUCCCUCGCGAUCGUCGAGGAGAAGGACGGCGUGCGUCGGGCUGCCGAGGCUGCUGAGGCUUACUUCUCCGCCACGCGGUGCUACAACCUCGCUCGCCUGCACUGUGUGCACCCCAGCCCGUCUUACGCAUCCGCCGUGCAGCUGCUCGAGCGCGCAGCGCGGAACGUGGCUAGUGCUAGCGACGCUCUGAAGGAGGGCGGGCUCGCUGAGGAAAUCGUCCCGUUGUCCAAGGAGCAGGUGGAUGCGCUGGGCGAGAGUGUCGAAGCUCUUUCGCUCGCCGCCAAGCGAGCACUCUUCGCCCACGCCGUCACCAAGCCUGUGUUCUACGACUCAGCAUUCAACUACAUCGACCUGCCGAUGGAAGAGCUCCUCGAGAAGGCUGGCAAGGGGCUGCCGAAGAAGGAGAAGUCAUCCGCCCCGGCGCCCAUUGUCGCGCCAGUCCCUGCGAAAGCUGUCAAGGCGGGGCCGUCGUCUCCCGUCAGAGAGAAGCGCGAGGCAACGCCACAGCCCGCUCUCAAGGACGAGGAGGAGGCGCCCGCCGCAGGCAAGAAGGGUGGCUGGCUCGGAGGCUGGUUUGGCCGUGGCUAGGUUAAUACUAUCUGAGCAUGCAUCUCAAGAU